CCGGCCGGUCCUCCCUCCGGACCGUUAUCCCUCCAUCCCGCCGCCGCGCCGCGACGCGCCGCGCGCCCCGCAGGCAAGAUGCCGCGCUCCUUCCUGGUCAAGAAACAUUUCAACGCCUCCAAAAAGCCAAACUACAGCGAACUGGACACGCACACAGUGAUCGUUUCCCCUUAUCUCUAUGAGAGCUACCCCAUGCCUGUCAUACCAAAGCCAGAGAUCCUCAGCUCAGGAGCUUACAGCCCCAUCACUGUGUGGACGACGACAGCGCCAUUCCACUCCCCUCUGCCCAAUGGACUCUCUCCUCUUGCCGGAUACCCCUCAUCCUUGGGGCGAGUGAGUCCCCCUCCUCCAUCUGACACCUCAUCCAAGGAUCACAGUGGCUCAGAAAGCCCCAUUAGUGAUGAAGAGGAAAGACUACAAUCCAAGCUUUCAGAUCCUCAUGCCAUUGAAGCUGAAAAGUUUCAGUGCAAUUUAUGCAGUAAGACCUAUUCAACUUUUUCUGGGCUGGCCAAACAUAAGCAGCUGCACUGUGAUGCCCAGUCUAGGAAAUCUUUCAGCUGCAAAUACUGUGACAAGGAAUAUGUGAGCCUGGGCGCCCUAAAGAUGCACAUUCGGACCCACACAUUACCUUGUGUCUGCAAGAUCUGUGGCAAGGCAUUCUCUAGGCCCUGGUUGCUUCAAGGCCACAUCAGAACUCACACUGGGGAAAAGCCUUUUUCUUGCCCUCACUGCAACAGAGCAUUUGCAGACAGGUCAAACCUGAGGGCACAUCUGCAGACCCAUUCUGAUGUAAAGAAAUACCAGUGCAAAAACUGCUCCAAAACCUUCUCCAGAAUGUCUCUUCUGCACAAACACGAGGAAUCUGGCUGCUGUGUAGCACACUGAGUGAUGCAAUCAAUGUUUACUUGAACAGAAUGCAUUUCUUCACUCCAACACCAAAUGACAAAUAAAAGUCCAAAGGCAUUUUCUCUUGUGCUUACCAACCAAAUAAUAUGUAUAGACACACAUGAGUGCACACACAUAUUAAAAGCUGCAAGAACACGGAACCCAUGUGUUUAACGUUAAUCCUUUCCAUGUGAAGUUUAAAUUUACUAUAUAUUUACUGACAGCUAGAUUGAGAGGAUAAAAGACAAGGACCAUUCUCUUCAAAGAUGAAGCAAAAAGCACAUUGCAUUUUUUUUUAACUAAGAAAGAAUGCAAAGAUUUACAUUGCUGCCAAAUCAUUUCAACUGAAAAGAACAGUAUUGCUUUGUAAUAGUUUGUAAUAGAAUUUCCUAUAGGAAAAGAAUCUGCCAGAUGCUAUCUCAGGUGCCUUUUUAAUUAUUCCAAGUUUACUUCAUUCCAUGUCUGAUGUCAGGUUGUCAUCGUUGAAUUGAAGCCUUUUUGGAUUACCUAUAAUGCUUUAAACUGUAUUGUUAAGAGAAAAAAAUGAGAAAAAGAACAAAACACAGGAGAAUGUAUUAAAAAAUAUAUAUAUUUUUUUGUUGCCAACAUGUGCCUUGGGAGAGGAGGGAAGUACGAGCUUUGAACAUUCCUGGUGCAUGCUCCAUGUCUUACUUAUUAAAGAGUUUUAAUGAUCUUCUAAAACUAAGUAAAUAAGGGGAUACGUGCAAGAGAGGAUUUUUAGACAUUCAGUAAUGUACUUAAACUAUGUUAAAUGCAUAAGACAGAUGCAAUAAUUCAACACCCCUCCAAGUGCCUUUUUAAUUGAUUUGUAGUUGUGUCAAUGUAAAUUUGUGUUUAUUUUUAUAUGAUUGAAUGAGCUUUGUAUGAAAGUAAGAUGUUGUCUAUAGCUGUGCCUAUACAAAACCUGAAGACUUGUGAAAUCAAUGUUCCUUUAAAAAAAUAACUUUCAAGGUCCUUUUUUACAAUAAACAUUUUUUGAUUUAAAA